AUGUUUUUCUGUGAUUCUUUCAAUUUAUUUCUACUAAUCUCUUUAUUUGCUCUGAUCACAGCAGCUCCAAAAGCAGCAAUUUUCGAUCCACGAGAACAUUUUGAUCCAAGGCAUCAAUUGAGCCCUUCGAUCACGACAAGAAAUGUGACUCUUGAUGGGGUUUCUGGGUACUUGACAUCUCCAGAGUUCCCAAAUAAUUAUCCGGAUAACUUCAAUAUCAUCUACUAUAUUUUGGCUCCUGAUGGCUACUUUGUUCACAUAACUUUUUACACUUUUCACACCGAACAAUGCUGUGAUAUACUGAGGGUUUAUGAGGGUGAAGAAAUCGAUUCGAAAAAUCUCCUCAGAGAAUUAUCUGGGAAUCAAACAGGGAUCGUUGUUGAAUCACAAGGAAAUUUGAUGACUCUACAAUUCGUUACCGAUUUAGCCAAUAGUGAUAUCGGUUUCUAUGCGACAUAUCAAGCCGUAUUAGGAGAUACAAAAUUCUCGCCAACUCGCACUUGUCCGCCCACUCCAUUCAAUGAUUAUGAUUCAACAAAUUAUACAUAUGGAAUUGAUACGACACCAGCAUGGCCCUAUCCUUAUACAAAUAAUGCAAAUUGUCAGUAUUGGUUGAAAGUUUCAACUGGACGAAAGAUCAAAUUGAUCAUCGAAUCGUUUUGGACGGAAAAAUGUUGCGAUUUUCUCUAUAUCUACGAAGGCUAUGACACAAGAGGACCUUUACUUGCUACUCUUUCCGGUUCUUAUGAAGAAUUACCACAGCACACUAUCAUGGUAGAGACAAAUGUAGUUUUUAUGGUUUUCUCGUCGGAUUUGGAGAAUAAUGGACCCGGUUUUUCCAUACUUUUUGAAGAGGCUAUA